UAAGUACAUUCAGAAACCUUCAGCAACUGUCAAAGCGCGGGCAAUCAGCUGCUGAAUGACAGGAGCUGGGUCCUGGCUUCCAUAGGAAACAUGAAGCAAGGUCAGAAUGUUGUAAAAUAUGAUCUUCAAGUGCCACUAAACAACAAAGAACAUCGGACUAUCAACUUAAGUCAAGAUGCUCGGCUCUUCCUGAGACGGGGACAGGAAUUCACUAUCACACUGACAUUUCAAGACCAGACUCUAAGCCAGGAGGAGCUAUGCAAACUGACUAUCAUUACUAAGACAGGUCCCAAUCCUCUAAAACGAAAUGGAACAAAGAACUGUUUUCCAAUAUCCAGCCUUGGUGACAGGAAAACAUGGAGUGCCAGGGUUGUUGACAACGUCCAGGGCUUGUGGAAAGUAUCAAUCACUUCACCAGCCAACGCCAUCAUUGGAUGCUACUCACUAUCACUCAAAAUCCCCAAUGCAUUAGAAAAGGAUUUGGGGGAAUUCAUGCUGCUUUUUAACUCUUGGUGUAAAGAUGACCCUGUGUACAUGUACAAUGACGCUCAGAGACAGGAGUAUGUUCUCAACGAGGAAGGCAUCAUCUACCUGGGCACUGAAAGCUGUGCUCAGCCCCAGCCCUGGCACUUUGGGCAAUUUGAACAGGAAAUUCCUGACAUAUGUCUUAAGCUCCUGGAUAUGAAUCCUCGUUACCAGGAGGAGCCAGAAAAACAUUAUUUGAGGAGAAAUGAUCCAAUCUACAUCAGCCAGAUGAUCGGUGACAUGAUUGGCAGGAGGGAUGAGGAAGACAGAGUGGCUUUUAUGUGUGAGAAUGGAAGACUAUCCUACACAUGGAUAAGCAGUGUCCCUACAUUGAACCAUUGGUUCCAAGAUGAAAAUCACCUGGUUUAUGGACAUCACUGGGUGUUUGCAGCCGUGCUGUGCACAGUGUUGCGCUGUCUGGGCAUUCCAACCAGGAUUGUCACAAAUUACAACUCAGCCUAUGACACGGACCAGACUCUGCAGAAGGAUAUAUAUUACAAUGAGAAUGGGGCCCGGAUCCACAGAUCAAGGAAUGACAGCAUCUGGCAUUUUCAUGUGUGGAAUGAGUGCUGGAUGGAGAGAAGAGAUCUCCUUAAAGGAUACAGUGGAUGGCAGGUUCUUGAUGCCACUGCACAACAGAAAUAUAAUGGUGCUUUGUACUGUUGUGGUCCUGCCCCAGUGAGAGCCAUCAAGGAAGGGCGUGUGGACUUUAAUUAUGACACAAAGCUGAUCUUCUCCAAGGUAUUCACAGACCGUGUGGUCUGGGUGCGGAACGUAAAUGGAUAUUUCAGUAAGGCAUUCAGCAAUGCCAGGCAUGUUGGAGAUGGAAUCAGUACAAAGAGCGUUGGGAGCGAAGUCCAAAAUGAUAUUACCCAUGACUACAAAUACCCGAAAGGUUCUACAGAAGAAUAUGAAGCUGUUCAAAGAGCCAAGCAACUUAUGUUGAAAAAUCAUCAAAUGAGUGAGAACAACCCUAUGUUCCUGAGCCCCAUUUUUGUGUCCAUCAUAUCCCAGAAUGCUCAGCUGUUUGGAGAAGACAUAAGUGUUGCUGUGACGGUCAGCAAUGUAUGUGGGGAGGAGAAGGAUCUGGAGCUUGUGCUCAGUGCUCAGACUGCACAUGAUUAUGGCAUUACACAGGAACAGUUUUGGAGUGAGAAGUUUGACUUCCACCUUAUGGCAGGAGAAGAGAGAAGUGUGUCUGGACGGAUUAAUCAUUCACUCUACAAGAUGAAGCUGUUGGAUAAUAACCUGUUGAGAGUCACAGCUCUGCUAAAAGAGCCCAAAUGUCAAAAUGGCAGCCUUGCCCUGGCAGAGCAGGAUGUGACUGUCUGCAAACCAGUCCUGACCAUUCAGAUGCCAAAGGUCUCUUUGCAGUUUCAGCCAAUAAAGGCAAUAGUGACUUUACCGAACCCUCUGAAGGAGACUCUGGAGAAAUGUGUAAUAAGGGUAACAGGCAAAGGGCUGCUGCACAAAGAAAAGAUCUACAGGUGCAGAGAUGUGCUGUCAGAAGGCAAUUUACACUACCCAGUUACUUUCACGCCAACACAAGUGGGUAGCAGAAGGCUGGUUGUGCAGCUGCAGAGUGACAAGCUUGGUGUCAUCACUGGCUUCCAGGCUAUAGAAGUUUUACCCAGUGAUGUUCACAAAUGGAAUAUUCACCAUUGGGAGGAAUUCCAGAAAUUUGCAGAUAGCUAUAACUCCAGUGGUGAAUCAGAGCCAGAUGUCCCUGUGUGCCUCAGUAUCCAAUCAGAAGAUACAGUCUUUUAUGGGCAGGACAUACCCAUAGCAGUAAUAGUCAACAACCGCAGCAAAACAGAGAAGAAAAUGCAUGGCUUUCUUUUUGCUCAGUACAUUGAUGAAAAUGGUAAUGGCUGCCCACACUUCUGGAGAAAACAAUUUGCUUUUACUCUAAAGGCAAAAGAAGAAAAAAAAGCAGAGAUUCUUCGCUUGCAAUAUGCAGUCUCCCCAUGGGAGAGCAGUGUGGUCAGGCUCACCGUUCUUGUGAAAGAUGUCACCAGCACAUAUAGUACAAGUAGGAGGCUGGUUAUACACAAACCUAAGAUUCUAAUCAAGAUGCAAGAGGAGGCACUUCAAUACAGACCCAUCACAGCCAUAAUCCAGAUCACAAACCCAAUUGAGGAGGAACUAAACAGCUGCGUUUUAACAGUGUCGGGAGAUGGACUCAUACACAAAGAAAGGUCCUAUGGAUGUGAUAACAUUGACCCAGGCAGCAUCGGUGAAUACGGCGUCACUUUUUCUCCAAGUCAAAUGGGUGUGCUAAAAUUGCAUGUCCGAUUUAACUGCAGACAAUUUCAAGAUGUGAUAUGCAACCAUAGUAUAGAGGUUCUGCCAUGUGAUGUGACUGAACAUAUGAAAAAGGCAAGGCAUGUGAUCAGAAAAUAGGAUUUUAAUUACCUACCGCUAAAUCGUUUUCUCGUAGUCCGUAGAGGAUACUGGGAAUCCAUUUAGCAUCAGUGGGGUAUAGACUGGUCCACCAGGAGCCUUGGGCACAUUUAGAGUUUGAUAGUGUGCGCUGGUCUAGGAAAAAGUCUAGGAAACUGUGCCCGAGGAGACAGACAUACUUUGAGAGAAGGAUAGAUAAUAAAAGUGGUGAGAUUACAAAUCAGCACUCACUAGGAAAGCCAUACUAACCAAACUUGAAACAUGAACAGAAAUGGCUGAACAAACCAGAAUACUUAACCAAGUAACAGUGCAGGAAAAACGAAGCACCGGGCGAGCACCCAGUAUCCUCUACGGACUAAGAAAAAUGGAUUUACCGGUAAGUAAUUAAAAUUCUAUUUUCUCUUACGUCCUAGAGGAUACUGGGAAUCCAAUUAGUACCAUGGGGAAGUACCAAAGCUAUCAAACCGGGUGGGAGAGUGCCGAGAUUCCUGCAGAACUGAUUGUCCUCCUGAGGACCUUCAGUUUGGUCAAAGUAUCGAACUUGUAGAAUUUUGCAAACGUGUUCGAACCUGACCAAGUAGCUGCUCGGCAGAGCUGUAAAGCCGAGACACCCCAGGCAGCCAUCCAAGAUGAACCCACUGACCUAGUAGAGUGGGCCUUUACAGAUUUUGAAACCGGCAAUCCUGCCGUGGAAUAAGCAUGCUGGAUCAUGAGCUUGAUCCAGUGUGUAAUAGACUGCUUUGAAGCAGGACACACAAUUUUAUUGGGAUCAGAGAACGAACACCAAGUCGGAUUUUCUGUGACGAGCUGUUCUCUUUACAUACAGCUUCAAAGCCCUCACCCCAUCCAAAGACUUUGAAGUAGCAGAGAUGUCCGUCACAGCCAGAACCACAAUUGGUUGGUUGACGUGAAAAACGGACACCACCUUAGGAAGAAAUUGCUGACGAGUUCGGAGUUCAGCUUUGUCUUCAUGGAAAAAGUAGGGACUUUUGUGAGACAACGCUCCUAGUUCCGACACACGUCUCGCUGAGGCCAAGGCCAAUAGUGCGACGGUCUUCCACGUAAGGUACUUUACGUCCACCUCCUGAAACGGUUCAAACCAGUCCGAUUGGAGGAACUGCAGCACCAAAUUGAGAUCCCAAGGUGCCGUGGGAGGCACAAAGGGAGGUUGGAUGUGUAGAACACCUUUCAAGAACGUCUGGACCUCAGGGAGAGAAGUCAAUUGUUUCUGUAAGAAAAUAGACAAAGCCGAAAUCUGGACUUUAAUGGAACCUAGGCGUAGGCCCACAUCCACUCCCGCCUGCAGAAAAAGCAGGAGACGUUCCAGAUGAAGUUCCACCGCAGAAUAUCGUCUGUUCUCACACCAAGAAAACAUACUUCUUCCAUAUAUGGUGGUAAUGUUUAGACGUUACCCCUUUCCUGGCUUGGAUCAUAGUCAGGAUGACCUUGUCAGGAAUCCCUUUUCUGGCUGGGAACCGCCGUUCAACCUCCUUAACAUUAAACGUAGCCGCGGUAAGUCGUGAUAGAUGAACGGGCACUGUUGCAGAAGAUCCUCGCGAAGAGGCAGAGGCCACGGAUCUUCGAGGAGCAUCUCCAGAAGGUCGCGUACCAGGCCCUUCUUGGCCAGACCAGAGCAAUGAGUAUUGCUUGAACCAUUUCCCUUCUUAUUCUUUUUAGAAUUCUUGGGAUCAGAGGAAGUGGAGGAAACGCAUACACCAUCUGGUAGACCCACGGGGUUGUCAGAGUGUCUAUCGCCACUGUUUGUGGGUCUCUCGACCUGGAACAAUACCGCUUGAGCUUCUUGUUCAUACGAGAGGCCAUCAUGUUGAUUUGUGGAUAUCCCCACUGACAUGUCAAGCACCUGACCACUGCCGGGUGAAGGCUCCACUCCCCCGGGUGCAGGUCGUGUCUGCUGAGGAAGUCUGCUUCCCAGUUGUCUACUCCCAGAAUGAAGACCACCGACAACGCCACAGUGUGUUUUUUCCACCCAGAGGAGAAUUUUUGACACCUGUGACAUUACUGCUCUGCUUUUCCUUUCGCCCUGACGGUUUAUGUACGUUACAUCGUCUGACUGGGCUUGAAUGGCCUGAUUCCGAAGUAGGGAUGAGGCCUGCAGAAGGGUGUUGUAGAUAGCCCUGAGUUCCAGGAUGUUUAUUGGAAGGACAACUUCUGGACUUGACCAUUUUCCUUGAAACUGCACCCCCUUGGUGACUGCUCUCCAACCUGAGGUUUGCGUCCGUGGUUAGCAGAAUCCAAUUUUGAAUCCCGAACCUCCGACCAUCGAUGAGGUGAGAAGUCUGUAGCCAUCACAGAAGGGAGAUCCUGGCUCUUGGUGACAGACGGAUCCUCUGGUGCAUGUGAAGAUGUGAUCCGGACCAACUGUCCAAUAGAUCUAGCUGGAAGGGCCUCACAUGAAACCUUCCGUACUGAAGCGCCUCGUAAGAGGCCACCAUUUUCCCCAGAAGGUGAAUGCACAGAUGCAUCGAGAUCUGGGUUGGCUUCAGGACAGCCUGAACCAUCGACUGGUUCAGGCUUUCCAUAGCCUUCUCCACAGGAAGGAGCACUCCCUGAGAUUCCGUGUCCAGUAUCAUUCCCAGAAAGGAAAGUCUCUGUGUCGGUUCCAGGUGAGAUUUGGGUAAGUUCAGAAUCCACCCGUGAUCCAGGAGUUUGGUUGAGAGGCGAAUACUGUCCAUCAACCACUCUCUGGCCUCAGAAGAUCAUCCAGGUAUGGAAUUAUGUUCACUCCCUGUUUGCGGAGUAGAAACAUCAUCUCUGCCAUCACCUUGGUGAACACUCUCGGUGCCGUGGAGAGACCAAAUGGCAGGGCUGGGAACUGGUAGUGACAGUCCUGCAGUGCAAACCGUAGAUAAGCCUAAUGAGGUAGCCAGAUCGGAAUGUGAAGGUACGCAUCCUUGAUAUCCAGAGACACUAGGAAUUCCCCCUCCUCCAGACCCGAGAUCACCGCUCUCAGAGACUCCAUCUUGAAUUUGAACACUCGUAAGUACGGGUUCAACGACCUGAGGUUCAAAAUCGGCCUUACCGAACCGUCCAGUUUCGGUACUACAAACAGGUUGGAAUAAUAUCCCGUUUUGUAGAAGAGGUGGAACUGGAACAAUGACCCGAGUCUGUACCAGUUUUUGAAUGGCGUCCUGUAAGGUUAUACUUGCUUCCUGUGAAACUGGUAAGCCUGAUUUGAAGAAACUGAGAGGUGGGAGCUCCUGAAACUCCAGUCUGUAGCCCUGGGAAAUAAGAUCUAUGACCCAAAGAUCCUGGCAUGAUGUCCAGAUGUGACUGAAAAAUUUUAGUUGGGCUCCCACCUGCCGGUCUUCCAGGCAUCGCGGUCCACUGUCAUGCUGAAUGCUUUGAGGAAGCAGAACUUGAGCUCUGUUCUUCUGAACCUGCAGUUGCUGGUUUUCGUGGUUUACCUCUAGCACCUCUGGUGGCUGUAGAAGAACCUCUGGUUUUGCCCUUGAACUUGGCAGCCCGAAAGGACUGUAGAUUAGGUCCUGAGUAAGCCUUCCUGGCUGGGGGAGCUGAAGAAGAAAGAUACGUGGACCGCUCAAUUAGGUUACCCGACCAUUUUGCGAUGGCCUUAGUAAUCCACCCACAUGCUAUAGUGGGUCUCUGUGCUACCCCAGCAGCUAUAUACAAAGAUUUGACUGUAUUACCAAUUCUGUGAUCAGGGAGGCUGCACCAGGGACAGGCAAUACAAUUUUCCGUGACAGCCUGGAUACUGAUGCAUCCACUAUCGGUGGAUUUUACCAUUUUUUUCUAUCCUCAGGAGGAAAGGGAAAUGAUGGUAUCAACCUUUUAGGGAUUUGAAAUUUCCUAUCAGGAUUAACCCACGGUUCUUCAAACAGGGUAUUUAGGGGGUAAUUCCAAGUUGAUCGCAGCAGGAAAUUUUUUAGCAGUUGGGCAAAACCAUGUGCGCUGCAGGGGAGGCAGAUAUAACAUUUGCAGAGAGAGUUAGAUUUGGGUGGGUUAUUUUGUUUCUGUGCAGGGUAAAUACUGGCUGCUUUAUUUUUACACUGCAAUUUAGAUUGCAGAUUGAACACACCACACCCAAAUCUAACUCUCUCUGCACAUGUUAUAUCUGCCCCUCCUGCAGUGCACAUGGUUUUGCCCAACUGCUAAAAAAUUUCCUGCUGCGAUCAACUUGGAAUUACCCCCUUAGUUCCUUUGACACAGGAAAAGCUGCUGAGGAUUUCUUUUUUACAUUAAAAUAAGAUUCCUCAGUCUCCUCUGUUACUUUAUCAGGGAUAUGCUGAACCUCUCUAAUAGCUUCCAUGAGAGCCUUUAUUCCCUGUGACAGAGUAGCCUCCCCCACAUCUGCAUUCACCUCCCCCUCCUCCAUGUCUGACCCCUCAUCAUCAGAGUCAGACUGCAGGAUAUGGGCCAAAGGACGUUUUUGCGGACAAAUGGCAGGGGACUGAGACGCUGGUUUGGGUACUGAGUCUCUAUUCAUAAACUCGGUCAUCGAUUGUCUUAAGUAUUGCGUCUCUUUCUCAUUGCGGGACAAUUUAGUGGAAAUAUUGGAGAUCAUUCCCCUAAUGGAAUCCGCCCAAGCUGGAUUUGCCCUGCUAGCCUGGGAGGGUGCACAGCAUUGAAUACACUGUAGUGAACCCUCUGGAGAAGAGGAACACUGUGCCUUAACAAGAAAACACUCUUUGUCUGACAUACUGUGACUGCACACACACAGGAACAGGUUAAAAGCACAAUUAACCCACAAAGAGCCCUUCAAGAGAGACACAGAGAUAGCCAGGAGCCAGCACUCAGCACCCUUACUGCUAAUGCCAAGCUUAGCCGGGUCGCAGACUAUGGGGGAUAUCAAAUUAUCCCCGGUAAAACAUUGAGUCUGAAAAACAGCGGUUUUUCUGAUGUUUCACCGAUUUAUUUAUUUUUUACAGGCUAUCCAUAUUGAUCGCCUGUAAAAAAAAAAACAAAAAAAAAAAAAACCCUUUCUCCCGUAAACACACAGGUUCAGUGAAACCAGUGUGUUUUCGUGUGAAACAGCCCCGUUUUCGGAGAGAGGCAGGUGAAACAAAAUCCCUGAUAAACCGCGGCAUGCGCCGGCUUAUCAGGGCUAAUUAGAUAGCCCCCGGCGGGACAAGUAGCCCUGGUAAAUUAUCGGGGCUAAUUGGAUAUCCACCUAAGUACCCAGAUUGGGGACAUAGUACACUAGUAAGCGCUCCCCUCUGCUAUCGCUGAGGAAAUCUGGAGUCUCUCCAGAGGAGCUGCACGUCCCUGUCAGUCCGCGUCUGUGUCCACUACAGAGGGAAAAUGGCGCUGGUGAGCUGCUGGAUCUGCUCAUAGGGAAGCCCCGCCCCUACAAUGGUGCAUGGUCUUCCCGCUUUUUUAUACUGGCUGAGGUAAUAUUUAAUGCUUAAAAUGGAGUCAGUCGCCUUUUAAGUCUGCAAUGCCAGUCUGGGUACUGUAUACACUCGUUGUGUACUUAGACUCAGUUCGCUCCCUCAGAAAUGGCGCGUCCGCACUGUGUACUGAGUCCUGAGACUCCGCUGCCCCCGUAGAAGCUGUGUGUCUCUGUACCCUCAUGCCGCCAUAAUGCCCAGCGACCCGCUAACUGGGUCGCCAGCUUAGUACUCACCACUCUUUUUCUUCUUGCUCUGGUGUUAGCGUGCUGCGGGAAUGUACACUUGCCGUGGUGGGACGUGCAAAUAGUUCCCUCAGGAGCUAGUGUCCUGUCAGCGGGAACGGGACCAUUAACCCUUCAAGAGGUUGGGCUGCUGCUGCUGCCCCCCCCCUUCCUUAGUCCCACGACGCAGGCAGGCUGGUGCCAUCCAGUCCUGCCUGAAAAUAACAAACAGAGAAUUUAAAUGCAGAAAACUCUUCAGGAGCUUCCAUGCGAUGUGACCAGCUCCUCUGGGCACAUUUUCUAAACUGAGUCUGGUAGGAGGGGCAUAGAGGGAGGAGCCUGCGCACACUAUCAAACUCUUAAAGUGCCCAGGGAUCCUAGUGGACCCGUCUAUACCCGAUGGUACUAAAUGGAUUCCCAGUAUGCUCUAGGACACAAGAGAAAACAACCAAUAGUUGCCUGUUCUUCAACAGAUACAAAACACAAAUUUCCAUAAUCUAACCCUACACUCCGCAGCUGUCACUGCAUUCAUUGUACUAAAACAUGAUAAACAGAGAAUGCAUAGUUUUACUGUCCUUAGAAACAGAACCAAAGUAUACAAACAGCAAACCAAAGAAUUUAGAACAAAUGUACAGGCAUUCAUGUAUUGGAAAAUAUUAAAGUUGUUACACAUUGUGAUAUAAAAAAAAAAGUGUCAGCGGAUACACUGUCUCCACAGUAUAUACUUACACACCAAGUGAGAAAUAAAUAUUCAGACUGAUUAAAUAUA